GAGGCGCGCAGGGAUAAAUGUAUACGCACGGGUCUACGGAGCUUUUAGUUGACAGCUCAGUACGUAGGACGGAACAAGUAGACGCAGCUUAGUGUGCGCGUGAGGAGGUGUUGUUUAGCCGCCUCGUGUUAUUCGGUUCUUGUGCUUUGGAGAGCCUCGUGGCGGACAGUCGGUGACUCGUCUGUGAAGAAAGACUUUCAUGGAGCUGGUGGAGAGGCCGGUCUUCGUGGUCGUCCUCGAUCAUCGGAGGCUGCGCCACAUCGUCAUUGGACUUUGCUUACUCGUUGCGAUAAACAAAGUGACCUGUCAGUUGGAUCUGCCGCCGUUACGCGAUGACAGAUACGACAGUCAAAGGCCACAGGAUGGCAGAUACGAUUAUAACGACGGGGGCAGAGCCCAUCAGAACAACGGAUACGGUCUAGGGGACGAAAGACGUCCAGCGCAGGACGAUCGGUACGACACGAACGAUGGCAGGAGGCCAUCUCAGGACAACCGAUAUAGCUGGAACGACGGGAGAAGACCGGUGCAGGACGAUAGGUACGACAGGGACGAGGGCAGGAGACCGUUGCAAGAUCAGCCGGGACGAGGUGGCGAUGGUUACGGUCACAGCGGCACCAGGAGACCACAGGAAUUCGAUUACAGGAACCUCUUGGCCAGUCUCGAUUUCGUUGGUACGCAAACGUGCAGCAAUAAUGUUGCCGCCCAAUGGAAUUAUGAGACGAACGUGAACGAAGUGACGCAAUUGCAAGCGCUGCAAGCCCAGAGGCUCUACGCUGAUUUUCAAUACCAAGCUUGGCUGCAGAUCAGCCAGAUUGAUCCGAAUUCGGUGAGGGAGCCAACGAUCAGGAGGCGGCUGAGAUAUCUUUCGGCUGUUGGUCCAGCGGCUCUGCCGCCCGAUCAACUCGACAGGUACAACCGCAUUAUCAACGAUAUGCUGUCUAUAUAUAACAGUGCGACAAUUUGUGCGUACAAGGAUCCUCUAAACUGCGGAUUCCGUCUAUUUCCUGAAAUAUCGCAAAUCAUGGCUCGAAGUCGCGAUUGGGACGAAUUGCAAUGGGUCUGGCUCGAGUGGAGACGACGAAGCGGUUCUCAAAUGAAGAGCCUCUACCAACAGUUGGUCGAUCUCAAUAACGAGGCUGCCCAUAUUAAUAACUUUACGGAUGCUGCAGCGUACUGGCAAUUCCCUUACGAGUCUUACAAUUUUGAGCGCGACGUCAACGAGGUUUGGGAAGAGAUUAAGCCUUUGUACGAGGAAUUACACGCUUACAUUAGAAGGAAGCUUCGAGAUCUUUAUGGACCAGAAAAGAUUAGCGGACACGCGCCAUUGCCAUCUCACAUCCUUGGUAAUAUUUGGGGACAGUCGUGGACAAAUAUUUUGGACGUCACACUGCCGUAUCCUGGAAAAAAUUACCUGGACGUGACACAGGAAAUGCAGGCGCAGGGUUACACGCCGAUCGACAUGUUCAGAGUUGGAGAAGACUUUUUCUUGUCCUUGAACUUGAGCGCAUUGCCCCCAGAAUUUUGGGCGGGAAGUUUAAUCGUUGAUCCAGGUGAUAGAUCCCUCAUAUGUCAAGCUUCAGCUUGGGAUUUUUGUAAUCGCAUUGAUUACAGAAUAAAAAUGUGCACGAAAGUAACUAUGAAGGAUCUUAUAACCGUUCAUCAUGAAAUGGCUCAUAUUCAGUACUUUUUGCGCUACAGUCAUCUACCACGGGAAUUCCGUGAUGGUGCUAAUCCUGGUUUUCACGAAGCGAUCGGGGAGGCAAUCGCUUUAAGCAUAGCGACUCCGAAACAUUUGCAAACUCUGGGAUUAAUGAAUAAAUUUGUCGAUGAACGAGCCGCCGAUAUAAACUAUCUCUUUUCUUUGGCAAUGGAAAAAUUGGUUCUACUCCCUUACAGUAUUGCCUUAGACAAAUGGCGCUGGGAUGUAUUCCGAGGAGUUGUUAGCAAGGAGGAAUAUAAUUGUCAUUGGCAUCGAUUGAAAGAGCGUUAUUCGGGCACGAAGCCACCA